AUGCCGGCAACAGCCUCGGAAAGUUGGCUGGGCGCGACGCGGGAGCAGAUGAACAACGCCUUCAACCAAGCGCCCAGUAUGCAAGAGGUUGCAGCCAGGAUGGGAUUCAACGAGAUGCCGCAGUGGGCGAAGAACACCUCCUUCACGUUGCACUCGAAGGCCUGGGAGCAGGCACGGGAGAUGGUGAAGGUCAAGGUGAUGGCGGAGUACGGCCCCGAGGUCAUCGACAUGGUCAAUGCCCUCUCCGAGUGCACCAACAAGAUCUCCGAGGAGCUCAAAUUGUCCGAGGCCAACUUCGGCAUCACGAUGGCGCUACCGCUGGUGGCGAUGCAGCACAACCAGCUGGACCGCCCAGACGUGGAAGGCCUGCUGAUGGACAGCUACGUCCUGGAUCAAGCCGCGCACUGGAUCAAGUUUGCCGCGGCCGCGUAUGGCACGACGGACAUCAAGGCCUACGACAAGGCCAGCGUGCACGUGGCGAUGGGAGAGGACCCCAACGUCACGGUACUCAUGGCGCUGCUCCCUGCGAAGGGCGUGAAUUUGCCGGGGCACUUUGUGGCGGUGGACCGGGCCCAGAAGGCCGUGAUCCUCGGGGUGCGGGGCACCACUACCUUGUCCGACGCCCUCACCGACGCCGUGGGCGAGGCCACCACGGUGCCCGAAUGCCCUGGGCUUCUGGCGCACAAGGCAAUGCUUGCGAGCGCCCGGGCCGUUUUGGAGAAGACCAAGCCGACCAUUCUCAAAGCCUUGGAGGAGAACAGAGGGUUCUCCCUGCUGGUUACUGGCCAUAGUCUUGGCGCGGGGACUGCGAUUUUGUGCACUCUGCUGCUCUCGGAGAUGCCUCUUCCGCCCAAGCCGCGCUUGAGAUGCUACGCUUUCGCACCUCCGCCGGUGGUGGGCCCGGUGGAGCACCGGAGUCUGAAGCAAGCGGAGAUCCACUCCUUCAUCAACCGCGCCGACGUGGUGCCUCGCGCCUCUCUGGCUAACGUCUUCUCCCUGGGCCAGGAGUGCAUGGCGGUGGAUGGCUUGGACCUGGACUUCUUCUCUCGCUUCAACCUCAUGCGCCGCGAUGCCGCUCCCGAGAAUGAGGCGGAGAAGCAGGCGAAGCAGACCAUCGUGGCCAAGGUGAAGGAGUGCCAGGAUGCGCGGAAGGGCAAGCCGCAUCAGUCCUUCCCUCCGCUCUUUGUGGCUGGCCAGGUUUACUGGAUCGAAUGGCUGGGCCAAGCUGGAAGUGUGCAAGAUGACGACACGGAGUCUGCCCGGGCUCCCCGCAUACAUCGGGUUUCUCCCUAUGAGUUUCAGUCGCUGCUGCUGCGCGGAGGCACAAAUGCAUUGAAAGACCACUUGUGCGAUGGCUACAAGGAAGGGAUCGAAGGCUACCGAGUGCACAUGCAGGACAGCUCAGCGUCCCCGGAGCACCGCAAAGGCGAGCUAAAAUUGGACUACGUGGAUUUGCUAAUUGCAGAUUGCCCGCCAGAGCAGGUUCCUUCAGCAUGGCCCUUCUUGGAGGAGGCGCUCCGGGAGAACCGGUGCCGGUUCCUCGGGGUCUCCAACUUCGAUCUCCUCGGGCCCAAAGUGUCGGUGGAGGUCUUUCGGCAGUUCCUGGCAGCUACGAAGACACCCCCGGCAGUGAUGGCCAUGGAGGUGCACCCCUUGAAUACCAACGAGGAGAUGUGCGAGUGCUGUCGGAGCAUGGGGAUUCAGGUGCUUGCCUACUCACCGCUGGGGGCCCCACACAAGGUGGAGUCCUUCAUGAAGGUCUUGACGAAGUCCGAUGCCAGAGACAUGCGGCCCUUGGUGAAGGUCGCGGAGCUCCCAUUGCUGCAGACCUUGGCGCGGCGACACGAGGUCUCCCCGGCCCAGGUGGCUUUGCGAUGGAACCUUCAGCGCGGGCACAGCGUAGUGCCCAAGAGCUGGAACCCCAGCCACAUCUGUGAGAACGUGCAGCUCUUCAACUUCAACCUUACCACCGAGGAGAUGGCCGGCAUCACCAAGCUCCACAAGGGGGUGCGCGCGGAGCGCUUCUUCCAGGCAUCCUUCAGCACAGCGUCCAAGGCGCUGCCGCGCAUGACCCGUGAUGGCUUCGAUGAGUGCCAAAAGAUCCUCAACAAGAUCCGCGGACCCAACGGCGCUGUCGCCCCUGGUCACGUCCCGCACUUGGACGGCCCAGUGCCUUUGCCCGCAGAUGUGGCACAGCGUGGCGGUCACGACAGCGGAGAGAAGGUGGACUGGGAAAAGCUCGGCUUUCAUCGACCUGUGGAGGAGGAGCCUGGCUUCUGGCGCCGCAUGGGCUUGGCCACCGGCAAGGGGAUGGAUGGCAAGGGCAAGGGCAAAGGCCGCUUUCCUGAGCUGAAGGAGGGUUUGCCCGUAGGUGGCAAGGGCGUCCCACGGCCCGCCAUGGUGGGAUACAGAUGA